CUGAGCGGCCAUUACACAGCGAGUUUCCUUUGGAAGGUCGGGGGCGACAGGGAACUAGCGACCGAGAGACAUCGCUCGCAGUGCCGAGAAAACAGGGACGUCCCUGCCGCACCAUAUGGUUUAUACGUGGGCCAUAAAAAUAACGAAAACAUUAGCGUUGUAUUGACGGUACCCAUAAUAAUCACAGAUUGGCUCGUUGAUUAUAGUUAUAUAGGUAACGUUAGAGUGCUGCGCAGCGUUCCACAAACCCAGCCAUAACCCGGCUGUCGUCUUGAGUUGCGUCGAAUUUGAGCGAAAGAACGGUUGUUUCAUUACUUCACCAUAGUCUGUUUUUCAGCUAUCUUAACAGUUUUCAAAAUGGACGAUAAAGUAUUUACAAAGGAAUUGGAUCAGUGGGUCGAGCAACUGAAUGAAUGCAAGCAAUUGUCGGAGAAUCAAGUGCGAACGCUAUGCGAAAAGGCUAAAGAGAUCCUUACCAAGGAGUCCAAUGUGCAGGAGGUGCGCUGUCCCGUCACGGUGUGCGGAGAUGUGCAUGGCCAGUUCCACGACCUCAUGGAGCUGUUCAGAAUCGGGGGCAAGUCACCCGACACCAACUACCUGUUCAUGGGGGACUAUGUAGACAGAGGCUACUACUCGGUGGAAACAGUCUCACUGCUGGUCGCACUUAAGGUCCGUUACCCAAAACGCAUCACGAUACUGCGGGGGAACCACGAGAGCAGGCAGAUCACACAGGUGUACGGCUUCUACGACGAGUGCUUGAGGAAGUACGGCAACGCCAACGUGUGGAAAUACUUCACAGACCUCUUCGAUUAUCUUCCCCUGACGGCCCUGGUCGACGAACAGAUCUUCUGUCUGCACGGUGGCCUCUCUCCCUCCAUAGACACACUGGAUCACAUCCGGGCCCUGGAUCGCCUGCAGGAGGUUCCACACGAGGGGCCCAUGUGUGACCUGCUGUGGUCAGACCCAGAUGACCGUGGGGGCUGGGGCAUCUCCCCCCGGGGUGCCGGCUACACCUUUGGGCAGGACAUCUCGGAAACCUUCAAUCAUGCCAACGGUCUUACCCUUGUGUCCCGUGCCCACCAACUUGUCAUGGAGGGCUACAACUGGUGUCAUGACCGAAAUGUUGUCACCAUCUUCAGUGCGCCAAACUACUGCUAUCGCUGUGGCAACCAAGCUGCUAUCAUGGAACUGGACGAUACUCUUAAAUACUCUUUCCUUCAGUUCGACCCUGCACCUCGACGCGGAGAGCCCCACGUCACCCGCCGUACCCCCGACUACUUCUUAUAAACUCCUCUACAGCAAACGACAAACCCCCCCCCGCCCAAAACCUGUGUGCAUAUGACCUGUUACCAACAUUAAAGCACUAACAUGGACCAAAAUGUGCCAUAUAAGCAUUUAGUACACAUUACAAUAAUACACAUUGCCCUGUGUCUCAGUACUGCAACACAGUGUCCUGUUUUAGCCUUUAGUGCAAUUGCCUGCUCUAUACUAUUGAUCGUAAUGUUCCUUUGUUUUUCUUCCGUGGACUGUACAUUACGCAAAGAAAUGUGACAACUCUUCCUUUCCCCACCCAAAGAUCACUGGACAAAUAUACAAUUUCCGUUGGCAAUGCCGGGCAUGUGAAUUAUUUACAAUAUUUUAUACAAAUGCACAUACAUCCCUAGCCUUCACACUAUUUGGGAAUGGAUGCUUAAAAUUGAGGGAGAUGCCUCUUCCUCCUUGGGAUUGUAUGCUUUCAUGUCAAUAGACCUACCUGCUUUCUCCUACUCGUUUGCAUUUACUGCCCUCUGUAUAUUUGUCAGUGAUUGCCUCUUUGAUGUAUUUGAACUAAAGUACUUUUAAUCCGA